AUGACCUUUGGCCUGACAAACGCCCCCGCCGCCUUCCAGCACUUCAUGAAUGAACUGUUCAAAGACUUGCUGGACGUAUGCGUCAUCAUUUACCUUGAUGACAUUCUAAUUUACUCCAAGGAUGACGCAUCUCACGCACAACAUGUUCACAAGGUCCUGAAACGGUUAAUGGACAACCAACUGUUUUGCAAGGCAUCAAAAUGUACCUUCCACGUUACCUUGGUAGAGUACCUGGGGAUCAUUGUCUUGAAUAAGGGGUUCAUUCUGGAUAAGCUCAAAAUCCAGGCAGUACAAGAAUGGCCAGUACCUACCAAGGUAAAGGAAGUCCAAUUGUUCUUAGGACCAUUGCACAAUCUGGUUAGGAAGGAUACAAUCUGGAAAUGGGAUACCAAGGAACAGGAAGCCUUUCAGGGGCUGAAGGACACCAUCACCAACACUCUGGUCCUCUGUCACGCUGACCCAACUCAACCAUACUUCCUGGAAACAGAUGCAUCUGGCGCAGCCUUGGGUUCCAUACUCAGCCAACAACAGGAAGAUGGUUGUCUACACCCUCUUGGGUUCCUGUUGGAAUCAUUCAAAGGGGCAGAUGUCCUAGACGUCUAUAAGGACGUCAAGGAGGAGGGCGCUUGCGGCUGGAUUGACCAAGGCCAUAAGGGCAAUGGCAAGCUAGCAGAGCAGAACUAUGACACCCACAACAAGGAGCUUCUAGCAAUCAUAUGCUCCUUUGAGUAUUGGCGUAUCUUCUUGGAAGGAACAGCUCACCCCAUCACGGUCUUCACCAAUCACCGGAACUUGGAAUACUGGAAGGAAUCCCAAACGUUCAACUGCCGCCAUGCCAGAUGGCACCUACUACUAGCCGGUUAUAACUUCCAAAUUGUGUACAGACCCGGAAAACAAUCAGGAAAGCCAGAUGCCUUGUCACAACAAGCGGAUCAUGCGGACAUCCCACCAGAACCCCAGUCCAUGUUACCAUACCUGGUGUUUGCCAAUGUUGCCUUAGUUACACCAGAGAAGGAGCUGCAACAACAAAUUGAGGCAUCCCUGGAUCAAGACAAGUCCCUGGAGGAAAUCCUCCAAUUCCUGCAGAACAAAUCCAAAGCACCCCCCUCCAUCAAAUGCGCGUUUAAGGAUUAUGAAAUGGAGGCUGGCCUACUCUUCUACCAAGGACGGAUUGUGGUCCCUGAUGUUGGGACAUUAAGGACAGAUCUACUGCGCAUAUUUCACAACAGCCCCUUGGCAGGACAUCCAGGAAGACAGCGCACGCUAGAGUUGGUAUCAAGGAGCUACUACUGGCCUGGUAUCCGUGCUGAUACAUAUUGGCAUGUGGAUUCCUGUGAGAUAUGCCAACGGAUCAGGAAACCUAAAUACGUGUCUAUCCCCCCUCAGCCCCUUGAAGUCCCUGUUAGACCCUGGCAGCACGUGUCUUACAACAUGAUAGUAGACCUACCAAAGGACGGGAGCAGCAACUCAAUCCUAGUAAUUGUCAACAGCUUCACAAAGUACGGGAUAUUUGUGAAAUGCUCCAAGAAGCUCAAGGCACCCGAGCUAGCGGAGCUAUUCCUGGAAAACGUAUGGAAGCGCCAUGGCAUGCCAGAAAAGACCAUAUCCAACAGGGGGAGGAUCUUCAACAACAAAUUCCUACAAGCCCUAUACAAACGCCUUGGCAUUGACCCUCACUUUUCCUCCGCCUAUCAUCCCCAGAGCAACGGACAAACAGAACGCGUCAACCCGUCCAUCAAACACUUCCUCAGGGCUUACUCAGGGGUUAAUCAAAGGGACUGGACCAGAUGGCUUCCCAUGGCAGAAUUUGCAUACAACAAUGCCAUACAUAGCAGCACAGGCAAGACUCCUUUCAAGGCCUUGUAUGGAUGGGAACCCACCUUAACUCCGUCAAAUGUACCAACAGACGUUCCAGAAGCAGAUGAUCUUGCCCAAACAAUGGAGGCACAAUGGAAGGAAGUAGAAUUGGCACUCCAGCAAUCUAAAAAACAAAUGUUGGCCAGGGAAAGUGGAAACCCAACGGAAUUUGAGAUGGGAGAAGAAGUUUGGCUAGAUGCCAAGAAUGUCAACCUCAAAACCCUGAGUCCCAAGCUAAUGGAACAACGCUUAGGGCCAUUCAAGGUUUCUGAGAAAAUCUCCAACCGGGCUUACCGCCUAGAACUUCCCCCAACAAUGCAGAUCCACAACGUCUUCUAUGUAGGGCUCCUAUCUAAGGUCAAAAGGGACAAGAAGCGCGCCUUUGAGAAUUGCCCCCCACCAGUCACCAUAGACGGAGAAGAAGAGUACAAGGUGGAAGGGAUUACCAAUGCCAAAGAAAGGGAUGGGAAAUGGUUUUUCCAAGUCAAGUGGAAGGGAUACGGGUCCAAGGAGAACACAUGGGAACCCCAAGAAAACUUAAAAAACGCCAAAAAAAUUUUAGAAAAAUACAAAAAAGACAUGAGAAAGAAGGCCCUCAGCGCUGCCAAGGCCCUUAAGAGGGGGGCAGUGUUGUAG